AUGGCCGUCGCAGAGCUCGCAGUCGCCACGCGGCUAUCAGCGACGUCGCCGUGCGAAAGCUUAUCUAGCGUCGCCUCCUUCGCGCCGACUCGCUGGGUUGCCGCUACUUCCGCCUCACGGCAACAACAAUCGAGCCGGGCCACCCGAUUGGUCGUCCGUGCAGAGACUGAGAGCAAGGGCUUGACCCGAGAGGGAGUGCUCCAGGGUGGCAGAUGGCUCAGCUCCAACACGCGCCACGUGCGCAUCUACGUGGGGUACAUCGACCCAGUGACCAUGGAGAUGGAUCAGACGCAGGCGGACAGGCUGUCGCUGAUGCUGGACACGGACAAUGAGUUCCUGUGGACGCCUGAGACGGAGAAGAAGGUGUAUGACAAGUUCACAGAGCUCGUGGAAGGCUAUGCGGGUGCUGAGAUGUCGGAGUACACGCUUCGCCUGAUUGGCUCUGACUUGGAGCACUUCAUUCGCAGUCUGCUGUUGGCUGGAGAGAUCUCCUACAACUUGGACUGCCGGGUGCUCAAUUUCAGCAUGGGCAAGCCACGCAUGCCAGAUCCUGCUGCUAAGUGA